CGUUCUGUAGUUUCUGUGGACAGGAUACAGUCUUUUCUGAGCUAUCGUCGAUUUGGUCGGAAAAAAACCCAAAACAAAUAGGAAUACAAUUCUUGACUGAGGUUGAUGAAAUAUAUACAGCUAAAAGCUCAACCUUAUAAGAGCAUGUAACUAUAUUAUUAUUGUUAUUAUAUUCUUAUUCCACUGGUUUAAUAUUAGCAGUGUCUUCUACUGAUUAGGUGCAGAAAUACGACCUCAAAUCUGGCUUUUGAAUUUGAAUCUCGCUUAAACAUUUCCUAAGUUGUCGGCAUUCUUAUUGGUUUAUUUUGUUUGUUUUAUUAAUGUCCCUGGAGGUAGCUUGUUUGUCUUUUAGACAGCCUUAUGCAGGGCUCGUGCUGAACGGCGUGAAAUCUGUAGAGACACGAUGGCGCCCACUGCUGGCAGAGAUGAAGAACUGCACUUUGGCAAUCCACAUUGCACAGAAGGACUGGGAAGGAGACGACUGGAGAAACAUUCUCACAGAUAAUUGUGCAAUGAAACAGUCAAAAGUACAAGAGCUUCUGGAAUCGGGGGACAGGUUUGGCCGUGGUGUCGUGGCAGGUCUUGUGGAUGUUGGAGAAACAUGGAUCUGUGCUGAAGAUGUGUCUCCAGAGCAAAUGAGAGAGCUGGAAACAGCAGCUUGUCUGACUGGACUGGCCAAAAAAUACCUCACGAGACUGUCCAGGCCACGCUGGCUCACAGAGCCGCUGUAUUCAAGAGGCCGUAAAGACGUGUGGAUGGUACAGAUCCCAGCACAUCUGCUACCUUCUGAUCCUGAGUUCUUAUAGCAGUCAGUGAGACCUGCAGCGCUGUUUGUUUAAUGACUUGAUCUGAGUUGAUUGUACUAACUGAUGACUAUUCAUUUGCCUUUAACCUCUUCACAUUUUAACUGCCAUCAAAUGUUAUUCCUUUACUUGCCAUAAUUAGGCUGAUUUCAACUGUAGAUUUAAGGAUUUUUUAGCAAACAUGAUGAAUUAGAAAGAAAUACAUAAAAUCCCACCAUCAUGUUGGAAAAAAAUCUUAGUAGAAAUAAUUAAAAUAUUAUUCCUUACAAUACUAUAACCAAAGUAAAGUAUUAGGCCCAUUUAGGCCCAAGUAUAAAGCACA